AUCUCGCCCAAAGUCUUGCUGGCGCCGGCUGCGUGUGGGUUUGCGGUGCGUGGCGCUUGGCGAGGGCUGUGUGUGGCUGGCCGCGCACCCCUCCCCCUCGACCCCGAGACCCUGCGGCUGAGCCUCAUUUUCCUCUCUUUGUAGUAGCGGAGCACGCCCCGCUCGGGGCACCCCUACGAGCCCCCCUCGCAGGCCGGGAUGUUCGUCCUGGUGGAGAUGGUAGACACCGUGCGGAUCCCCCCGUGGCAGUUUGAGAGGAAGCUCAACGACUCCAUUGCCGAGGAGUUGAACAAGAAGUUGGCCAACAAGGUCGUGUACAACGUGGGACUCUGCAUCUGUCUGUUUGACAUCACCAAGCUGGAGGACGCCUAUGUGUUCCCGGGGGACGGUGCAUCACACACUAAAGUUCACUUUCGCUAUGUGGUGUUCCAUCCGUUCCUGGACGAGAUUCUGAUUGGAAAGAUCAAAGGCUGCAGCCCGGAGGGAGUGCACGUCUCUCUAGGGUUCUUCGAUGAUAUUCUCAUCCCUCCAGAGUCGCUGCAGCAGCCGGCCAAGUUCGACGAGGCGGAGCAGGUGUGGGUGUGGGAGUAUGAGACGGAGGAAGGAGCGCACGACCUGUACAUGGACACCGGCGAGGAGAUCCGCUUCCGGGUGGUGGACGAGAGCUUUGUGGACACGUCCCCCACCGGGCCCAGCUCGGCCGAUGCCGCCUCUUCCAGCGAGGAGCUGCCAAAGAAGGAGGCUCCGUACACGCUUGUGGGCUCCAUCAGUGAGCCGGGCCUGGGCCUUCUCUCCUGGUGGACCAGCAGCUAGCACUGGGGCUGGACGCUGGACCCUGCCCAGCCCUCGGGAAGGUGGUUCUGCAGAUGCCGAGGAGCAGCCGGUGCCCUGCCAGGUUGUCCCCUCCCCUCCUCCUCCCAGACCUACCCCGCUAAGUCCCACCGUCCACAUGGACUUCGCCUGUCGGUGACAACAAAGAUAUUUAAUAAAUGAUGGCCGCAUCGGUUGGGAGAGCCA